AAACAAACAUUGCUGAUUCAGCAUCUCCUGUACUUCUUCUUAUACAAGAUACCUCAAAAAGCCUCAGGAAUUACCGACUAUGCCCUUGUUUGAGCUGCAGAGAAUCUGGGACGCCUGGCCCAACAUCUACAACCAUCAGGUAUUGAGGGAACUGUUCCGGCAGAUCUCCACUCCCAGUGUUGAGGCUGACGGAGACACGUGUCACGUGAUCGAUGAUGUCACGGUGAUACCUGGUCAUGUGUUUGUGAGCACUCUACCAAAGCAGUCAAGUUUAACAGACGAAAUAAAUGACGGUAUGGCCCAACUCUAUGCCUUCAGCCGUGUGCCUUUGAGGGAGGAGCCUACAUCACAUGACCAUCACAUGACCCCCUACCUACUGCCGUUGAACAACCAAUGCAAGCGAGUGAUCAAUGUCAUUGAUUUAACUGUUGGGACCUCGCAAAGAAUCACCGUGCUUCAGGAUUGCGGAAUACUGUCAUCUUUUGAGUAUAACUCGACCAAGUUCGCAUGGGAACUAAGAGAGGAGAUUCCGUUUUCAUCAACUACCGACUAUUCUGUUCACGAGGCUACACUCCACACACCCACUAGUAAACUCGUGUUCGUUGAACACCCACACACCCCUCACACAUCACACUCCUCACAAGUCACAGUCCGAUCACUAGACUACCCCUCGAACGGAUCUGUAGAUCUCGGCCCCCCAAAAGUGAUACUCAGAAAUUCACCUCCUUUCAAACUGACAUGUUUUGAGGAAGGCAUCGCCCUCUUACCCACUACAACCCCGUAUCCUAAAGGACUACUGUUAUUCUGGACACCUGCUGUGCCUGGUGAGCUGAGUGCUAUGGUGUGGGGCUCACACAGGACACUACCAUCUCUGCUAGUGGGCGUGGCCUCAAGGACCACCUCUUUCAAAACCCUCACCCUGAGGUUGGCUGGAUAUUGGAGCAAAGAUUUGUCUGGGCCGAGCCUGGUUUCCGUGGAUACCAACUCUCAUACAAGACAGCUUUUAGCUCUGGCCAGUGAUGGAACUGUCCACAGUAUAUCAGUCAACAAGCAAGGUUUAAUUGCGACAUCUCAGCUGACACGACUGUCGGAUUUUGCUCAACAAAACCCCUCCCCCUCCAAUAUAUUCACCACUCCCCACCGCUACACUAAGCCACACCUCUUCUGCGUACACACCUACUAUGGCUACUGUCUCAAAGGAGUGCUGAGAAUUUACGAUAAGUUCACUGGAGAGUUUGUGUGGGAGUGUGAUGAUCAUGAGGGGGCGGGGUCAAUGCUGUGGACCACAUCCACCACCCCGGCAUUCUGUGGUGUCCAUGGAAACAGCGGACUAUGGUUGCUGAGAAGUCAUAAAAUUGCAGAUCAUGCUCAUUUUAUGGCCACAGCUUUGUUCCCAAUAGCCACCAAUGCCGAUGAAACAACUCCUGGUGAAUACCUGGACAGUGGUCAGUUACUAGCUGCUAAACUGUCUCAGCUCUGGAACCUCCACCUCCUCGUCACACGCUACUCACUAGAGGGGGUAUUCGAUGUUGUCAAGGCUAAUGUGGAUGAGAAUGAGUCAGCUGUUAAAGAGUCUUUCCUACCACAGCCACAUCACGAGUUAAUUCGCUUACUGAGUGAGAACUCUGCCCUACAAAACCCUGCUCUUAUAGUAGCCCUGUUGGCCGAAUACCCAGAGUUCAGACAGCAACUGAGCGAGUGUGUGGGCACAUUCCUCAACCGGUACCAUAGCAACGGCUCGUCCGACAAGGACCUUUUGACUCCACUCAAUGCUGAUAUAGUUCCUUUGUUGGAAGAGUUUCUUCAGUUGUGUCACGAGUUUGAGUCAGGACUAGAGCAACUAGAGCAACCCAAUGACGGUGGUGUGAGUGUGGACGUUCGUGCUGAAUUAUGUAAAUUCCUGAAAAGCUCCGAGUCAGAGAGUGUGUCUGACGGAGAAGUCAAAGCAUCGUCAAGAGCUCUGUUCCAUUCUCUGUGUGCGAGAGACACGGAACAAGCGUUGCUAGGCAUCAGAGAUUUCUUUGAUGUGGACAACUUUGAAAAAGCUAUCGAGGAGCUGGAGGCUGGUAGUUGGUCGUCAACCAGAAACAUAUACAAAGAACAAAAAGACAAAAAAAAAAAGUCUAUUUGGUCCAUUGACUAAAUUUAUCAGUCAGAGACUUGAGGCUGCUCUCGACCUUUGACCCUUCGUCCCUGACGACGGCCUCACAAGCACUUUUAACGGCACUGUUCCACGAUUGUGUGAGGGAGGAGCAAAGAGCACCCACCUCAAUCUGAUUGGCCGCCAGUCUAUCGGUCUGGGCCUGUAGUGAAGGAAUAAACAUUGGAAUUAUCUACUUGUGUGAUAAGGAAUGAGUGGGCGUGUGUGAGCGUGGGCGUAUGUGUGUGUGAUGUGUGAGGGUUCUUACAGAUUGUAUAUGCUCCAUUGGCGGAUAUUCUAUCUCUCUCAGGUUAGAAAUGGACUCUUGUACUUUAUCGAGUUUCUCACGGCUAUCAGAUGAAUCAGACCAUGCUCCAGCCUUCACUGUACCAUAGGUGACCCCUCCAGCCACUGUCACGCGUAUAGCCAUAGGCACAAGACUAAUAGUUCUAAACACAAAUGCCAUCUUCCUUCCUAAUUAAAAUAAUAGUCUCGCGAGUGACACAAGCAUAGUAUCUAUGACAUGUGACACGAGCCUGCUCGCAAGACUACUUCCAUAUCUUUUUUUUUUUUUUCCCUUCAUGUAUUAAAUAUCAAAAAGUACAAAUGUACAAGAGCAACAGACCAAAAAAUAAGAGGGGGGGGCAUACAGUUUAGCGGAUAUCAUCCACUGAAGGAGGUAAAGUUUGUUUGCCACAGGCAGGCAUUUCCUCUCCAAAGUGCAAUGGCCAGGCGAUGAAACAGAUGCUUCUUGGUGGAGGAUGUGGAAUGUGUCACGGUUACUCUCCGGUCGAUGGCAUUUCCGAUGGCACCUAUGAUGUUGAUUGUUUCUUCGCCUAGACCUCCUAGUGUUUCUGCCACAAUGGGAAUGAAGUUUACACCUAUGGAGCGGCAAGCCUGUAGAUGGGUGGUGAGCUUGCGCCUUACUCCAACUUCUAGGGCGUGUCCAGGGGAGAAGGCAGCUUCAUGAAUGAGGGUUUGCUGGAGCGGUGAAAUUACAUGGACGUCCAAGGCAGCGGGCCUGCCGCCUUGCCAAGUUGGGAGGAAGACGUCAGCGGGUCUUGACAGGGAUUCUGGGAUUAAACCUUGGGCCUCGCGGGAUGGUCCGAGAGCUGCAGAUUGAGCGGCUGAGAAAAUGACAUCUCUGACCGCAUUGUGGCGGGUGAUUCUGUCUCCAUUUCCGCCACAGCCAACUUGAUGGUCACCAUACUCGUCGGCGGAGGUGCGACAUGCUGGGCAGAGGUGGGGGGCACUGUGGAGAGGGAUGCCGAGCCAAUAUUUCAAGCAGCUGUUGAAUUCCUUGUCCUGCAUGUGGAGGCCAAGCACAUCUGAUGGCACCCCGUUCAACCAAUCUCCAGCAUGGGGUAGAGCAGACGAGUUUGCCUAAGCACGAGCCCUGGUUGAAGGUGAUGUGUCCAAGAGGUUUUGGUACAUGGCUUCAUCAAUGGCACAGGACAAGUGGCGCUGACGUAGAGGGAUCAGUGUCUAUGUCAUCGAGAUCGAUUUUAAAGUAGGUCUCUCUCCAUCUCUCUCCAUCCGAUCUCCUAACUGUCCAAAUUAACUGUUCUAACUUUUCUAGCUAUCCGAUCAAGCAUCAAGCACACUCACCAAGGAGCAAACCAAAGUACUUUUGUUUGAGUGUGAGUUGUGAGUCAGUGUGCAUCUAUUGGAGAGGCACAACCUUUACCGUACCGAUGGCAUCUCAACCUACCACUCACCCUCGCCGAUGCUGUCGUUGUAAUGGCAAUGCUAAAUGUCUCCGCUGUGCUUGUGUCAGAGAGGGCUCUCCUUGCACUAGUUGCCUACCAGGAGACGGUGGAUAUUGCCACAAUCCAGGAAUUCAGCCUCCUGGCAGCCAACCUCCACCCCGUAUUCUAUCACAACCUGGCAUACCUCCUGCUCCUAUCCCCCCACCACCCCGCUCAAUACUCAGGACUGUAGACUCCCCCCACUAGCAACUGUUAUCCAGACAUCAAUCCCCACCCUCAAACACGUGCCAAAGGGUGCUCGUGACAGAUGGGCUCGAGUGUUGAAAGACUGUAUCUCUACCAUUUUCAACUCCCCAGAUAACCCCUCUCACUGGACAACCUUAUUUUUGCUCGCCAAAUGUGUUCUUGUUAGCCCUGCCUCUGGCUACCGCCUCUGCUGGAGAGACAUCUUAAAGCUUGUCAAUUCGCGUAUCACCCGCUGGCUGGAUGGGGACCAGGAAACCCUAUGGCAGGAAGUAAUAUCCUCCGCCAAGGCUUUCACUAAACGAUCAGCGUCUCUCCCUCCGAACGGCACUAACACAACAGGUCAAGAACGCAACGUAAGACGUGCCAAAUCGAUGGCCCAGGAUGGUUUAUACAGCAAGUCAAUCCAAGCCCUCACCUCCACCGGCCUGGCCAAUCCAUCUGACACAAUCUUCGAUGAGCUAAACACCCUCAAGGCCCUCCUGCAUCUGCACCACCUGAUCCACCUCCGCCUUCAGUGACCAUUUCGGAAUCCACUGUCCUCAAAUGCUUCCCUAAAUCUAUGCUGCGCAUGCGCAUCAAAACAACCAUGCUGCGCAUGCGCAACCAAGGUGGUCAAAACCUGACUAACCGGACUGAUGAGCCAGUGCAGCUAGGCCGUAGCACUGCCUAGUCUCGAGGCCAGACUCCUCCCGGGGAGAGAGUAGUCUGGCAAACAGAGUCACUUUUCUUGGUUUUUAGACAGUUACAAAUGGGCGUGGCGGAAAUGGGCGUGGUGACGAUGCUAAAACUGGCUGGCUAUUAUCUCUACUCCCGUACAGAUUUAGUGAGAUUUGAAAGAUUUUCUGUACUUGAAAUAACAUUUUUAGUUGAUGUAUACCGAAAUUUAAGUUAGCCAUUGCCUACUGGCAUAGUUUUAAAAAUGACAAAGGUCAAGUACUAUCAACCUCCUCUGUGAAGUGGAAUCAUGUGACAGUUUAAUUGCAUUCUUGCGAAUCUGAUUGGAGAUGUCAAAUUUUGACAUCUGAACCAAGAAAAGUGACUCUAAAUGCCAGACCCUCUCCCCGGCCAGAGGAGGCUGGAACCACUUGACCUUAAUUA